AUGGAGUCUUUUGAAGAACCCAGUCAGGUUAGCAGGGAUAACUUAUUAGAAGUCCCUACUUUAAGUGAUCCCCCUUCAGAAGAUGAAGAUGUUAAAACUACUCUUAAGCCUCGUUUCUCCCCACUUCCACGAAGGCGGAAUUCUGCUUCUUCAGAAGAUACAGAGCCAGAAAUCCCAUCUACCAUUACACGAAAAGUUUCAUUUGCUGAUGCAUUUGGUUUUGAUCUUGUGUCUGUUAAAGAAUUUGAUACCUGGGAAGUUCCAACUACAUCACAAAAUGAUGUCUUUGAAGAUGAAGUUGAGCCUGUGGAGGAAUAUUUUUUAUCUCCACUGUUUACUUUGCCUGCCUCACAAGAAGAUCUUUUGCAAAAAGUGCAUGAAGAGAAAGUAUUGCUGGAGUCAGUUUUCUUCUUACCUGGAGUAACGUGUAUGAAUGGCAUUAUUAGAGUUCUAAAUAUAUCUUUUGAAAAGUUGAUAUAUGUUAGAAUGACAUUAGAUGAUUGGCAAAGUCACUAUGACAUCUUAGCAGACUAUGUGCCUAAUUCUUAUGAUGGUGAAACUGACCAGUUCUUCUUUAAGAUUUCAUUGGUUCCUCCUUAUCAGAGAGAUGAAGCUAAAGUUGAGUUCUGUAUACGUUAUGAGACAUCUGUUGGCACAUUCUGGGCAAACAAUGAUGACAAAAAUUACAUACUGGUUUGUCAUAAGAAAGUAACUAAGCAAGAGGUGGAUAAUAAAACACAAGAAGAUUUUACUGACAAAUACCUCAAAGGCUGCUUAAAGACAACGCUGAACAGCAAAGAAGAAAUACUGGCAACAUCUGAUGAUGACAUAUGGAAUAAUUCAAGGACUUCAGGUGCAAAUAUCCCAGAAAUUAUUUACUCGCAAGAGGAGGACAAAGACAUGGAACCAAUUAACAAAAAUGUAAAAGAUACAAGUGUGAAAUAUAAUGAAGGUGAUAAUGAAGAUAAUGAAAAAGAAUUAGAGUUGCUGCUAAAUCAGCACUUCACAGGAACUAGAAGUACUUCUUCCAGAGAUGAAAGGAAUUUAUACACAACAGAGCCAGUUAAUUUUCCAAAUGAAGCCCAAGGACUGGAGAAUAAGCUAACCCUUACUGAAACCAGCACCGACUUGCUUAGGCAGCCUGUGCCUAUCACUUCCUCCUCAGAAAAUAUUUUACAAGAGUUAGAAGAAUUACAUGAUAAUGAUAACAAAAAGUAUUCAAUAGGAUAUAAUUAUAGUCAGCCAUCAGCACAGGAACUUACUGCAGGCUCUGUAAACAUUAGUGAGCAGCCUUUGGAAUGCACUGAUACCGCCACCCUUUUAUCACAGGAAUAUUUGCCUGGAACAAAGCAAAAUGAGACUAUCGGUACUCCUGAUAUUGUAUCAAGCAGACAAGAAAUGAGCUAUGUGGAUGUUUCAAAAGGUGAAACAGAUAGCGCCUCAGGAAGUAAGAUGAUGGAGAGAUUAUUCAUCAGUGAAGAUGAUGCUUAUAUCUAUAAAGAGACCUAUGAAAUGAGACUAGAAGCAAUUUGUGCAGAGCAUGAUAAACCAACGCAAUUAAGUGCAUGUGCAACAGAAACACUGGAUGACAAUGCUAACCCAGCUGUAGAGCAACACAUGGUACAGAUGUCUUCCCAAACUCUAGAUUCAUUGUUGGCAGACACUGAUAAAAGUGAAGGAGAAGUCAACAUGACUGAAAGCAAAGACCAGGUGCAUGUAAGAACAGAUUUAUAUGCUGGCAUUUUUGCACAUUCUGAAACACAAGCCACAGAGUUGCUAUCAACUGUGGACAACAAACAUGAAGACAAUCCUUCACAAGCAGAUGACCAGAUUUGUUCCCAUAUAGCGGAUAAAAGAAAGGCUGCAGGCUCUUGUGAAGUCACAGAGUUUACAUGGGCAAGAGACAGAGGACACUCAGGCAACAAAAGCAAAGAAAUCUCAAGCUAUGUGGAAGAAAAUCAAAGGGAGGAGGGAUAUAGUGAAUUAAGUGAUGACUUCAGGAGAAUAGACAGUGAAUAUCCAGACGCCACUCAAUGUAGAGUGACUAUUUUUCCCACUAGUGCUUCAAAUGCUAUGUCAUUAAACCCAGAUGAUGUGUCCAGUACAGGGGAAAAUGGUCAUAAAGUUGUUGAUGAAAGACUGUACAGUCAAUGUUAUUUUUCAACAAAUAGCAAUGUUUUGCAUACAGAUCCCUGUCAACCUAAAUCUGCGAGUAUCCUUUCAGAGGAUAAGAACAGAGUGAUACCUGAAAAUCAAAGCUGGGGUGUUUCAGAAAGGCAACUGGUAGAAAGAGAGUGUGAAGCAAAUAGAUCAGAACAUAUUAAAGAACAAACAGGUGGUCAAGUUACGUGGGGAAUGCAGGAUAAUUCUGGGUGUGCAAAUGUUACUCCCAGAGAAGAAUUGUUUACCUGCCAUGAGGCUGUGGGAUUUGAAAAGUCUUCUGUAUCUGAGCAUGAUAUUACACAGGAAGCAGAAGCAAGUACAGCUUAUAUAAUUAAAACAACAUCAGAAAGUGCUCCAGAAAAAAUGUCUGCUAGCGAAAAAGCAGUAAUUGCUAAGCUACCUCAAGAGACUGCACUAAGUGACAGGCCCACAGAGGAAAAGGAAACAGCGUUUGAUACACAUGAAGGGAGAAAUGAUGGUUCACAUUAUACUCUUUGUCAACGCAACACAGUGGGUGUAUUAUAUGACACUGAAUUUGAAAAGAAAUCAGUUUUAGAUAUUUAUAAUGCACACGAACAUGAAACACUGCAAGGAGAAGCAAUGUCUGUAUGCAAUAUCAGAGAAAGACUUGCCAAAGCAGAACAUGACAUUAGAAAUAUUCCACCUGCAGAGAAAACAUUAUGGGCUUCUGCUACAGAAGAACAGAGUUUGGAACAGGAUUUACGUUCAGAAGAGUCAUCUAAAUCCCCCACAAAUCCCCAGCUGUCUUUGUACAGUAAGGAGAUUGAAGAACUUCAAAAGGAGGAAAGCAUUUUUGGAACACAUUCCCAUUUGGGUGCUAAAAAUGAAACCAAAAUGCCACCUUCUGAUACAAAUAUCAUAUCUAGUUACCAUUACAAAAACUCUUCAGUGACAUCUUCUGAAGAGUCUAUUAAGAUAAUUGCUGCUGAGGCAGAAAAUACAGGGCAUCCAAAUACAGACUCUGCAUUCAAACCACUCCCCAAUGUUUCUGCUGAAUCAGGAUAUGAUUUCAAUCCCACAAGUGAAAUGACACAUAUUAAUAAAACUCUCUCCCCUGAAGUUGAACACAAAGAAGCUCUUCAGAGUUCAGAUUUGUUGACUUCUAGCAAUGGAAGAGAAAAGAAUAUAGGCCAGUGUUUCCAUCAAACAGAGUUCAGAAAAGAUAAGUCAUUAGGGCCAAUGAUUUUAAUUAGUGAGCCUAUUGAAGAAGUUGAAGAGACAGCAUCUCAGUCUGAAGGUUUAAUAACUGAGGGAAAAAUAUUAAACUGGCAUGAUGGCUCCCAGCAUGGAAGGCAGCAUGUUUCUGAUUCUGCUGAUAUUUGUGACCAGAAAAAUGAAGCACAUAGUUUACCUAGUGAGUCUCUAGUUUUAAAGCGUAUCAGUCACAGAAUCUUCUUUUUUCUUUUCUUUGUUGUAUUUGUUGUAACGCUCUGUCAUUAUGAUUUAACGGUUUGUUUUGCACUCUACCUGUUUUCCUUGUACUGGCUAUACUGGGCUGGAGGAAGAUGCAAGGAGUCUGUAAAGAAGGAGUAACAUCAAGGUUCGUGGUCUAAAAUUGUCUCCUGCACUUAAAAUGUAAGGUUAAUACUCCUCAGCCCCUCAAAAGCAUUUUAACUGUUAGAUGGGAAUAUUCAUUGUCAAAACCACAGCAAGUUUCUUCUUGAAGCACCUUUUUAAAAAAGAAUGCAUAUGAAGCUUGUGCCUUCGUAUAAGUAAUUAUUCUAUAUAGGACCAUUAUAUUUGGAUCAUUAAUGCCUAUAUGAAUAUGAGAUCUGAAGCACAUCACGUUAAAAUUAAGUACAGCUGCUGCUUCUUACCAGGCUAUGAAGAUGCAAUGCUUCAUAUCUCUUCAGCACUUAAAAACACCAUUUUCUUCCAUUUGUUUUUUGUAGUAAAGCUUACAUUUUUCUGAACAUUUUUCUAAGGUUUUGUAUAGUAGUUAACACAGAGAAUGGCAUUAUGGUAAUACUGACACCGCAACUGAUAAUCUAUUUUGAGAGAUGAAAACUGUUUGUAGACUAAAUAGUUCUUUCAAAUUUUUAUUUCAUUGUUUUGAGGUAGUGCAAUAAUAAUCAUCGUUAUUGAAAAAUGUCAAGCUUUGACUCCAGUAACAUUAUGUAACUUUGGCAAGCUAGUUGACCUGCUUCCAUACCACGGAGGUGUAAGAGACUGAAGGAUACACCUGUGAGCCCACUAUCACUCACUUCCACAAACAUUCAUAACUGGGAUGUUUUCAAGUGAUGUUUAUAUAUUUGCAAAUGAUGACUAGAGCAUUUCAUUAGAUUUAAGAUAUUCAUAUCUACAAAGCACUGAAUAAAAAAAGGAAUUGAAUGCUUUGAUUGUUUUCAGAAUUGGCAACACUGCCUUUUUUAUUUAAGGGUUUUUAACUAGGUCUUAUUAUUCAACAGCAGAAAAGCCUAAAAGGAAAACAUGGGGCGUGAUCCCAGCAUUCAAUAAGUUGGUUUAGUGUUGCAGAUUAGCCCCAAGUCUACCCUGGUGAGACAGGUGGGAGAAUUCCACUACAAGGGGCAUGCUGUGGAGUUCACUGGCUCUAAGCUACUCUUGUCCAGUUUAGCAGCAAUCCACCAGUAUGUCACAAAAGGAAAGGAGCAUCUGGAGCAUGCUGCACUCUUACAAUUUGGAUCCCAGAAAAGUUCAAUGAAAAGGGGACACUGCAGCCAAGCAUAAUGCAACAUCCCCCCUGAGACUAGACUAUGUUACUGGAGUCCCAAAGACUGAGAAAGGAGAAGAGUGGCUUUGAGCACUCCUCUGCCUUUCACCUCUGCACAGCUGAGGACAGGGCCAUAGUGAAAUUAUAUAGUAGCUGUAAAAGAUAUAGGUGCAAUAUAUGAGUAAGAUAGAUAAUCAAAAUAACAUGACCAUUAUUUGCUUAGCACUGAAGCAGGUUUUAGCAGUUGGCUAAAGACUGUUUACAUAUUUCAGGAUGUUUAAAGACCCUGCGACAGGAGUGACCCUAACACUCCUGCUCUCCAAGAGGGCAAAAAUGCAGCUUCAUGGAAAUGAUGCAUUCUGUGGGGUGGAGAUGUAUGUCAAAACCUGCUUCUGGCUAGAUGCAUGGACUGUUUUGGACAGUAAUCCAAGUGGGUGAUAUUAGUGGUAUCUAGAGUGGUAUCCACUUUGUGUGGCUGGCAGAAAAAAGGUUGUCACACUUUGCCCAGAAGCUCAAUGGUAUUUAGGUGAUCAAAUCCCAUUGAAAUAAUUGGAAUAAAUCCAAUAAAGGAUUUAGUUGCCUAACUCAAAUUUUGUGAUGUAAAAACCCUUCUGAGCUGCCACCUACCCCUGAAGGCACCUAAAAGCCAUAGACAUCAUACUCUCUGACCCUAAAAUUUCCCAGGCACUCAGAGCUGCACCUCUUUGCCUUGCCAGAAUUGCAUCAGUCUGCAGAAUUCAUGUGUAAAUCCCACUGAGAUCCAGAAAGUAGGCAUUCACCCACUUAAGUAACUGAGGGGCCCAAUUUCAUACGUGUUCUCAGAGUACAGGUAAUACACAUCUGUUAGGAUUGUGCUUCUCACAAAUAUGGACAUGGCUGUCUUCUAGUAAGAAGUCAGGUGUGGUAGCAAUGGUGCUUUUCACAUUUUAUAUACAAUUCUAGUGGGAGAUUUAGGUUAUAAGUCCUCCCCAGCCUAAGAGGGUUCAAAUUCAUAUAUUUCUUCUGGACAAAUGAGAAAGGAGAAUACCUAACUCACUAAGUAGAGGCCAGGCUGGGACAGGGACACUCUCAGUUCUUCCUGUGGAAGACAUGCCACUGUGCAGCAAUAAAAAGACAAGAUUCACUGGGUUAUAGGCAGCAUUGUUUGCAAGUCUAGUGGUUAGGGCAUUUACCUGGGAGGAAACUAUUUCUUUAUCACCUGCCUGUUUAAUUUGAAAUACAGAGACAGUCUUCAGAUUAGGGACCAGAUCUAGGUCUUCCCCAUCAAAGUGAGUACAUGAGCCACUAGACUACAGAGCCAUAUCCCCACUUGUAUUCUCUUUCUGCGCAGUUAAUCAAGCACACUGUUGCCCACAUUUCCAACAGGAGCAAUAGCCGGGUAUUCUUUUCAGAAUAACCUGUAGUCUGUUGGCUAGGGAACUCUUCUGGGAGGCUGGAGAUUUGUGCUUGAAUCUUCUCAGGCUGAGUAGAGAAGUGAAUCCAUAUCUACCACUCCUGGAGCUGUGUAGUAAGGAGUAGACUACUGUGUAAAAAGUGACCUCUUCCCUUACCCUGUGUCCUUAAGGAAAAAGGAGGGGAUCCCACUUAGUUCUUUAAAAAAUGGCUGUAGCUAACAACCUUCAAGAGAGGGUCCGGAGCUAUAGAUCUUAAGUAGCCAGUGGGGCCUCUUUGCAACCCUCAGUGGGAUGCUUAACUCUUGAAGAAGGGUGGUAUUUCUAAUACAGCCCUGCGUUUAGUCUUUUACCUUUUGUGGCUUCCAUCUCACAGUACUGGCUGCUUUGGAUACACUUCUGAGACAAAUCCCAUGUGUUGGAUAUGGGGCAAGUGCCUAAUCCAGGAUUCUGGUUUCCAGACAGCAAGAGCCUAACAAAGGCACAGUAUAGAAUUGACUGCUGCCCCUCAAUUUUAGGUCCCCAUAGCCCCCUUUUUGGAUCAAGCCCUAAGCACCUAAACACCUUUGAGUGUCUGGG